UAUUUUUUGCAGUGCUAAUGCUGAAGUCAUUCUCCGUCUCAUACAACAGCAGCCAAGGACAAGGGAGCUUCAGCAGAGAGAGGGGAAAGAGGAGAGAGAAAGGUGCCUCCUUUUGCCUUUGCGAUAACUGUCUCGGUGUUGAAUCGAUGUCGGUGUCCAUGCUGCUCUAACAGGAGGCAAAGCGGGGGGAUUUAACUUCACACACGGACAAACCUAUGCUUGGAUUUCGGCUCUUUUCCCCUUCGCCAAUGCAAAAGGAAAUAUGCAGCGAAGCUUCACCAUUCUCUACACCAGUUUACUGGGGAUGUGCUUGGGAUCAAGCUCAAGUUUUCCAAGUAACAUCAAUAUAGGAGGAUUGUUCCCAACCGAUUCGCACGAAUAUGAGGUUUUUCGUUUCGCCCUCUCUCACCACCAGGACAUCCCCAAACUGGUGCCGCAGGUGGAUAUGGUCAAGAUGGGGAAUAGCUUCUCCAUGACAUAUGCCUUUUGCUCCCAGUUCUCCAAAGGUGUGUAUGCCAUCAUCGGCCUGUAUGACAGGAAGACAGUCAACAUGCUCAUGUCCUUCUGCGGCGCGCUGCAUGUCUGCUUCGUCACGCCGUCCUUCCCCAUCGAGACGGCCAACCAGUUUGUCAUCCAGCUGAGGCCCGAGCUCCAGGAUGCUCUGGUGGGAGUGAUCGACCACUACGGAUGGAACAAGUUUGUCUAUAUGUACAGUUCUGACUCAGGCCUGUCAGUGCUGCAGAAGGUUCUGGACACAGCAGCGGAGAGGAACUGGCUGGUGACCUCGGUCAAUGUGGAGACCAUGACGGAGGCCUCUUUCUUGAAAGUGUUCCAGGAUUUGGACAAGAGGAAGGAGGGCCAGAUUAUCAUCGAUUGUGAGACUGAGAGGCUCACUGGCAUCCUUAAAAAGAUUGUCGAGCAAGGCAAGAAUGCGAAGAGCUACCACUACAUUCUGGCUAACCUGGGCUUCCUGGACAUCGACCUGACAGACCUGAGGAAAGGUGGGGCGAACAUCACCGGCUUCCAGCUCGUCAACAACUCUGAGCCGGCCGUCAGCCGUGUCGUCCAGCAGUGGAUGGAGUUUGACAACAAAGACUCCAAAGUGCCCAAGAGUGGACUCAAAUACACAGGCGCUCUAACAUAUGACGGGGUAAAAGUCAUGUCCACGGCCUUCCAGAAUUUAAGGAGACAGAGGAUAGACAUCUCUCGAAGGGGCAACGCUGGAGAGUGUCUCGCCAACCCACCAGCUCCCUGGGGACAGGGCAUAGACAUCCAGAGAGCCUUGCAGCAGGUCCGUAUAGAUGGAUUGACUGGUCACAUUCAGUUCAAUGAAAAAGGCCGCAGAACCAACUACACUGUUAGCGUCAUGGAACUGGCCCCCUCUGGACCAAAGAAGGUUGGCUACUGGAAUGAAGAUGAAAAGUACGUGACUACCGCCAGCUUCGUUAGAGGCAGCAACGAGACUGGCGUCCUGCAGAACAGAACUUACAUAGUUACCACUAUCUUGGAGUCUCCAUAUGUGAUGCUGAAGAAGAACCAUGAGCAGCUUGCAGGAAAUGACAAGUACGAGGGCUACAUUGUCGAGCUGGCUGCAGAAAUAGCCAAACAUGUGGGCUACCAGUACAAACUGAAGGUUGUUUCAGAUGGCAAAUAUGGAGCCAGAGAUCCAGAAACCAAGAUGUGGAACGGCAUGGUGGGGGAACUGGUUUAUGGGAAAGCAGAUGUGGCUGUGGCUCCUCUGACCAUCACCCUGGUCCGUGAAGAAGUGAUCGACUUCUCCAAGCCCUUCAUGUCCCUUGGUAUCUCCAUUAUGAUCAAGAAACCCACCAAAUCCAAACCUGGCGUGUUUUCAUUCCUGGACCCGCUGGCUUACGAGAUCUGGAUGUGCAUUGUGUUUGCCUACAUUGGCGUCAGUGUCGUCCUGUUCCUUGUCAGUCGAUUCAGCCCGUAUGAGUGGCACGCUGAGGACUACGAGGAGGCCGGUGAGCCGCAGUCUCCCAACCAAGCAUCAGCCUCCAACGGGGCAAUGCAGCAGGGCCAGACACCAACACAACAGAACACCAACCAGCAGAGUCCUGAGCAAACCAAUGAGUUUGGCAUUUUCAACUCCCUUUGGUUCUCACUGGGGGCCUUCAUGCAGCAGGGCUGCGAUAUCUCACCACGCUCUCUGUCUGGCCGGAUUGUUGGAGGUGUCUGGUGGUUCUUCACCCUCAUCAUCAUCUCAUCCUAUACUGCCAACUUGGCUGCCUUCCUGACAGUGGAGAGGAUGGUGUCACCUAUAGAGAGUGCUGAGGAUUUGGCCAAGCAGACGGAGAUCGCCUAUGGAACACUGGAUGCCGGCUCCACCAAAGAAUUCUUCAGGAGGUCAAAGAUCGCCGUGUUUGAGAAGAUGUGGUCCUACAUGAAGGCGGCCGACCCGUCCGUGUUUGUCAAGACCACAGACGAGGGCGUAAUGAGAGUCAGGAAGUCCAAGGGCAAGUAUGCCUACCUGUUGGAGUCCACAAUGAACGAGUACAUAGAGCAGAGGAAACCGUGCGAUACUAUGAAGGUGGGAGGAAACCUGGACUCUAAAGGUUAUGGCAUCGCCACACCCAAGGGCUCCGCUCUCAGAAACCCAGUAAACCUGGCAGUGUUAAAACUGAACGAGCAGGGCCUCUUGGACAAAUUGAAAAACAAGUGGUGGUACGACAAGGGAGAGUGCGGCAGCGGGGGCGGGGACUCCAAGGACAAGACGAGCGCUCUGAGCCUCAGCAAUGUGGCGGGGGUCUUCUACAUCCUGAUCGGCGGCCUAGGCCUGGCCAUGCUGGUGGCGCUGGUGGAGUUCUGCUACAAGUCCCGGACCGAGUCGCAGCGAAUGAAGCAAUCCAUCAACGACGCCAUGCGCUGCUCCACCCUGACCAGGAUGAGUGGCAAUGGAGCGGCGGAGAGAACGGACGAAUCCUCACCCACGAUCCCCAAGACCGUUCAGACGCUGCCCUGUAUGAGCCACACCGCCAGCAUGGGACUAGGUGCCUCCGGCUGUGAUCAUCAUGUGACGGCGGAGAGGAAUAGGCAGGGUGGGGCAGAAGAAGAGUACAAGACUCUAAUGGCCUCAAUAGGCAUGGCUGUCUGGUUUGGCCCAUCUGUCCUCCUGGCUGUCAACACGCCCAACUUAAACAAGACUUAACCUACUGCCAAAAUGCACUCUCGAACCACUCCUUGCAAACUACAAACAGAGACUCACAAUUUUUUUUUUAAAUAAGUGGAUGUUUGAAAAAGAGAUCUGGAAAAAAAGAAGGGAAAUGUGCUGCAAUAAAGAAGCCGUCAACAGGCGUGUUUUUGAAUUUUUUACGGUGUUCAUUUGUGUGGGGAAAAAAAUAACUUUAUUCUUCAGUGUGACGCCUGCGCUGUGCCAUUUCGAUGGAGCUGUUGACGUUAGUCUGCGUGUGCAAUAUCUUCACCUCCACUGCUGACCGUGUACUACCUAGAUGCUUUCUGAUGGCUGAUGGAACGUGUCUUUGCACAGACGAGGCAGAGGAGAACAAACACUUGUGACUGCUACAAUGAUUUGAUAUUUUUUUGGGACAUUCCCGCUCUCUUUCACACUCACAUUUACACGCCAUUUUUGAAGGACAAAGUGCUGUGUGUAGCAUAGCCACUUUUUAUGAAAUAGUAUAUGGUUUACACUGUUGUAAUAGCGCAAAGAGCUUUGUCAAAUGUAGUUAUGAAAGUAAACACUGUUUAAAUUAGCAGUUGACCAGGCUACAACAAACGUGUUGCUGCUACACCUCAUUUAACACAUCAUGCCUUGUCUUUGUGCCAUAAUUACAUAUGCCAUACCAUAAUUCUCACAAAUGCACACAGAUGCUACUGGGUAAUUUGUUUGACCGACAGAUAGAGUUUUACUGUUGAGUGAUAACAAAAACAGAGGGCAGAUUUAGAAACGCUCACUUUGACCUGAGAAAGGUUAUAGAAUACACUGACACACUGACGUAUUACUCCUGUGGCUAUGUACAGUACUGAGUGACCUUACACUGUAUUCUACUGUUGUGACAUUCAUAGCAUAUCCAUUGUUUUACUAGUGAGACUAUUUGCAGCACACAUUGAAGGACAAAUAUUGACAAAUUCAGAUAUAAUCUGGAGAAAAUAUUCCUCAAACUAUUGUCGAAGCUGUUGCUGCAUGCUUCACUCAUGUACUUUCAGCUGUAUUCAGUUUUAAUGAAAUGGGCAGCACUCUUAAUUUAUUGAAAUCCCCUGCAGAUCGUUCAUGGCCUAUAAAAGGAAAGUUGGCCUCCUCUUGCUGUUGCUAGCUGGCUCAGGAAAGAGGCGGGAUGGAAACACUUGGUGUGAGUGACAGAUUCAGAGUCAAGGUUACGGUGGUCACCGCACAGCUCGGCUGGAGAGUUCUCCCUUUUAGAUCAUCAAGGAAACAGAGUGGCGGGCCCUGACUGUGCAUUUUGUAAUAUAUAUGUAAUGUGUUGAGGGGAUUUAAUACCCUGUUGGUGACACUCAGCCUAAGCCCCUUGAUUCCUACAGAAGACGUACUUAUUCAAAACAGCUCAUAAAUAUAUUGUUUCAUUUUUAAAUUAUUUAUUUAUUAUACUAGGCACUGUAGUUUUUAGCAAAUGUUACUCAAACAGGAGUAAAUUGUGCAUUUGUUGGAGACUAUUUUCAGCAGCGGAUUAAUACUCAUUUUAAUACUCAGCCCGACAGUGUGGGAUUUACUCCAAAUAAACUACAGUGCCCAUGAGGUAACUUGUUGUUUUUUUACAAUGCAUCACAGCCACAGGCUGUGUCAAAGACAAGCAUCUUCUCCUCUUACUUUUAACUUUCCCUCUCUCCACCACUGCAAAAUAAAACAUUUCCAGUACCUGGAUGGUCAGAAAUAAUGUAGAAUAUAGGAAAUCAUUAGAAAAUGCAUCGUCAUCAUCAUACAUGGUCAUUAGUCUGACUGUGUCCAAAGGUGUGAUUUUACUUGAAGGUUAACUGGAAGGUUGUUGCUUGAAUUGGGAUUUUCACGUCUGCAGGAUGCCAGAGGUCAGCUUUAGAUCUUGUCCGGCCCACUCUAGGACACCUCUGGGUUCACAGCAGAGGCCGAGCGCCUGUACAAAGGCAGCACCCAUCCCCUGCUUCCACAGCUGGUCGUGUAUUAUUUUUCUUCUCGUCUGAGUUCCUGCUUUAAAAAAUCUAAUGUAUGGCUUCUCUCUAUCUCUACAAGCAAAAUGGGCAGUCCGAGUUUACUGAAAUCAUACAUAUCUCCACCUAUUAUGUAUAUAAAAGGCUUUUCUCGUCCCCCAGUGAAAAUGUUUGUUCUCCUCCCAAACAUGCCUCACUGUACCUGAAUUAGUUACCUACCGCGUGAGUACUUUUCCUUUCUUCUCUCAUUUAUGCGUCUUCUUUUGCUGUUGUUGUAUUAAUUAGAACACGGCACAGCACUCUUCAGUGGAGGCUUUACCUUCAGAGAGAUGUUUUAUAUGCCAUAACAGAUUUGUAGAAAAAUAAAAAAAAAUAUCUAAAAAGCAGUCAAUGUUUGUAUUAUAAAGAAGAUAUGGGGUGCUGGGAAAGUGUUAUACACUUUGAAGAGUAUAAAAAAUAAAACACAUGCACACACACACACACACACACACACACACACACACACACACACACACACACACACACUGAUGUUGAAUAAUCUGUAGAUGCUAAUGUUGUUUGAAGCCAGUUUUGAGUUGAUUUCAUUUUAUGUUGUUGCAAUUUCAAAAAGGAAUUCCUGUUGGUGUUUUUUAAGUGGUUGAAAUUGAACACCAUUUGAAUAUUUCUUUGUCUUUUUCCUUUUUUACAGUAUUUUACUACUGGAAUCUGAUCACCAGAGUUUGUUCACCAGAAACAUCAUUAUUGUUGUUUUUCCAAACGAGAACAAGGGUGUUACUGAGUUUUAAAAUAAAAACGAUGGUCAAUAAAUGGGUUCGCAGUUAAAAAAAAAAAAAGAAUACAACUAUUAGGAAUCAGACUUUUGAGAAAUAAACCUUUUUUUCUAACCAAAGUGUCCUGGAUGGAAGUCAUCAUGCUUUUGUAACUGAAUAAAGGAAUAAACUAUG